AUGAACGAGAAAAGGUUUGUUGAUCACGAUACUUCAGUCGAGGAUUACGUGGAAAGUCUCGAAAACAGGAAUACGAAAGAGAAAACGAAACGAGAUGUGAAAUUGCUGGAAACGUUUUUGAGAAACGAAAAGAACGACGAGCGAGAAGACGAGCAAGGCAUAGAGCCCGCAGAAUUAAACAAGCACCUUGCGGAGUUUAUUCGUUCUGUGAGACGUAAAGACGGAGAGGAUUAUGAGCCUUCAAGUUUAAGAUGCCUUGUUUCAAGUAUUGAAAGACAUUUGAAGGAAAAUAAUUAUACUAAGAGUAUCAUUAACGAUAAAGAAUUUGAAUUGUUUAGAAAGUGUUUACAGGCUAAACAAAAAGAGUAUAUUAAAGAUGAAACAACAACAACAUGAUAUUAAUUUGAGGAGGACUAGGAAAAAAAAUCCGAGUCCCAGAUGGGAUUUGAACCCACAACCCUCCGUGAUCUAGUCGGAUGCUCUAACCACUUGAGCUACUGGAGACUCUAUGGUUAGCAAGGGGCGAUUUAUGGGUCUCGACUGGAACCGCAUCACGCGGCUACACAGCCAAGUAAUGAUAGGCACACAAGAAGUGAAGAACUCACUAACAGCAUCGCGCUGUCACCUUAAAGCAUAUCCAAGAUGCGGCCAACCAAGCUCCAAAGUGAGUAUAUCAAAGAUGAAACAACAACAACAUGAUAUUAAUUUGAGGAGGACUCGGAAAAAAAAUCCGAGUCCCAGAUGGGAUUUGAACCCACGACCCUCCGUGAUCUAGUCGAGAGCUGAAGAAAGCAGACCGAGGCAACAAGGACAAAGCUGCUGUGGCUAUCACGGACGAGGAAGUCGAUAUACUUUACGAAAACAAUUUGCUUGGAGUUUCCUCUGCUCAAUCAUUGUUGAAUACUGUUUGGCUUAACAACACUAUUCAUAUUGGAAUGCGUGGUUUUCAAGAGCAUAGGGAUUUAUGCUGGGGAGAUGUAAAGCUUUGUAAGGACGCACAAGGUAACGAAUAUCUAGUUUACAAUGAAAGACAGACAAAAAAAAGGUCUGGAGUAGACGCCUCAAACGUUCGAAAAGUUUCCCCGAAAAUGUUUUCAACUGGUGAUGAACGAGAUCCUGUCGUGGCGUACAAAAUUUACCGUGAAAAGCGACCGGAAAACAUGAUGGCUGACGAUUCGCCAUUCUACUUGGGAAUAAACCACACGAAAACAGACGGCUCCAAAAAACACUGGUUCAAGUCGGCACCUAUGGGUGUAAAUAAAUUAAACACUUUGAUGAAAACAAUGGCUUCAAAAGCAAACAUCAAAACAACGAGCGACUCACGAACCAUAGUGCUCGUAAACACAUUAUUCAAAAACUUAAUGACAGUGAAAUUCCGCCAACGCAUAUAA